UCGGUGCUUUGAGUGAUGCUCGAACAAGUGUGUGUUUUCUGCAUGUGCUGUACACAGUGUGCAUGUCUGUUGUUAAUAUCUGUGCACUCAGCAGCUCUUUUCAACACCGGCAGAGAGUCUGUUGGUGUGCAGCCAGACAGAGAAAUGGAUUUAUUUUUAUAAUGAGCAAGCAACAAUAUGAAAUUUAAUCAUCUUUACUGCAGAUUGUAAAAGCUGGACUGUGCAUUUUUUGUGAUAGAUAGAUAGAUAGAUAGAUAGAUAGAUAGAUAGAUAGAUAGAUAGAUAGAUAGAUAUGCAGGGAGAAACAGAGGGGUGAUUAUGAGGCCACUAGUGGUUAAUUUACGAUGGGAGGACAUUAUGGACACAGGGGACUAUCAAUUUGAAUAAUGGGCAAACCAUCUGUGGAGACAUAUUGAUAUUAAUUAAGGCCUAGUAAAUAAAUAUGGAUUUGACACUAUACAGUAAGUGCAUUACUCAUGGACCAUUAGCACUGUGUGUGGUCUAUGAAGGGGUAUUCACCGUUUGCCCACAGGACAGGCACUACACAGCUAUUUAAAGUGUAUGUCAGUUUUUUUAACUUAUUCAGUGUCCCUCUGAUAUCCCCCAGUAAUAGUUCCCUUCACAUCAAAGCUAUUGCCUUGUGAAGAAUGAAUCAAAAGUGAAUCGAAGUCUAGUGGUGGAGUUAUAGGGCGAAGAGGGAGACAGUUCCCCGCUCUCAUCGUCGUGAGUGCUGUGUGUGUCUGUCUGGGGUGUUUCAGUGUUUAAUGGCCUCACUAUUUCCUGCGUGAAAUGAAAGUGACAUUUUUACAGCAGCGGGAAAGACUCGGACUGUCUGCUGGUGAUCAAUCAGAGACGUAAUUGAUUAGGAGGAACAGGAUUCUUUCUCUCUGGUCUCCUGCUCACAUUCUUCUCUUUCUCCCACACACAUUUUCAUCCUGUGAUCGCUUCUCCUGUCCUGUGUAGUUGAAACCAGUGGUAUAUCUCCCUAUAGGCAACAUAGGCAGCUGUCUUGGGCAGCCAAAAUUAAAAAAAAAAAAAAGAAGAAGACCAUCAGGGAAAUGGUGGUGUGGUGCAGAGUAUAUGGAGAGUCUUAGACUAAGAGAAAAUGAAAAGGCAAGACACCCGGGGUGCAAUACAAAAUGUGAAGAAGAUUAAUUUGUGCACGCAGUAUCUCUUCCAUCUCUCCAUCCAUUUUCAUCCACUUAUCCAGGGCCGGGUUGUAGGGGCAGCAGGUUGAGCGAGGUACUCCAGACGUAUUUCUCCCCAGCAAUAUACUCCAGCUCCUCCUGAGGGAUUCCCAGGCGUUCCCAGGCCAAAUGUCAUGAUCCCUCCCGCAUGUUCUGGGUCUACCUUGGGGCCUCCUACCAGCUGGAUGUGCCCAGAGAACCUCUAAUGGAAGGGGUCCCGGAAGCAUCCUGAUCAGAUGCCCAACCACCUCAACUGACCCCUUUUGACAUGAAGGAGCAGCGGCUCUACUCCGAGCUACUUACCCUACCUCUAUGGCUGAACCCAGCCAACCCACAAAUGAAACUCAUUUCGUCCGCUUGUAUCUGUGAUUUCAUUCUUUCGGUCACUACCCAAAGCUCAUGACCAUAGUUGAGGGUUGAGACGUAGAUGGACCAGCAUAUCGCAAGCUUUGCUUCCGGCUCAGCUUCCUCUUCACCAGGAUGAUCCAGUGCAAUACCUGCGUCACUGCUGAUGCUGCACCAAACCACCUGCCCAUAUCACAAUUCAUUUUAUCCUCACCCAUGCACAAGAUCCAGAGAUCCUCAAACUCCUUUGCUUGGGGCAGUAACCCACUCCCAACCCAGAAGGGGCAAUCCACUGUUUUCUGGCAGGGAAACAUGGCCUCAGACUUAGAGAAACUGACUCUCAUCCUGUGCUUCACACUCGGCUGCAGAGUGCCCCAGUGGAUGCUGCAGGCCAUGGUGUGAUGAGGCCACAAGAGAGCAGAGAUGCAAAUCUGAGGUCCCCAAAUUGGACACUUUCCUCACCCCGGCUUGUCACAGAUUCAUAGUUCUGAUGGAGGCCAACAUCCACUGAGAACAUGUUUGACCUUGUGUCAAGUAUGUGGACAAUAUCCUUUGUGUUUAUUUGUGUUGAUUUCGUUCUUAUUAAUGAUAAUGUCAUAAAUAUAAUCAUGAUAAUUUGUGUUUGCGGGGUUGUAUGCGCUAGGUCAGGCGCUGCUUAAAAUGUUACCUUUUCUUACACCACUAAAAGCCCACAGUCUCUUUUAUCUCCAUUGGAGCAUGUCUGCUCUCCCACUGUUAGUUUGUUUCUCCUUCUCUUUCUCAUUCACCUCGCCUUUAGUUUUCUACACCACUUUCACCCAAACGAUCCAUCAAUCAUUGUAAUCACACCGUUUUUCUGCCAUUGCUCUCUCUUCAGUGCUUUCUCCUCGUCUCCCCAGGAACAGCUUUCUCGUUGUAACUGUCACUUUUUUUUCUCUUGCUCCUCUUUUGUGAUUCAACUCUCACAUUUUUCCAUCCCAUCAUCUCCUCUCCAUUGAACUCCCCUCCUCUAUUCAGUAUCAGUGCAGGGUCCUCACCAGCGGUUUCUGCUCAGGGAGCUGCUGAGGGACUACAACCCCAUGGAGAGACCGGUGGCCAACGACUCCCAGGCUCUCACUGUACAGUUUUCCUUCACUCUAAUGCAGGUCAUGGAUGUGGGGGCUGCCAACUAUGUUAGACAUGAGAACAUGAAUGGCCCUGGCUAGAGGCAGUGUUUGGUUUGUCUGUCCUGGGCUACUGUAGUAACAUGGCGGUGCAACAUGGCAGACUGCGUGGACGAGGACCUGCUCCCUAUGUAGAUAUAAGCAGCCAAUUCUAAGCUAACAAAAACACAAUUCUUAUUGCAGGAUGAAAAGAACCAGAUCCUCACCACAAAUGCCUGGCUGCAGAUGCAGUGGUAUGACCACUACCUUCAGUGGAACCAGUCAGAGUAUCCUGGAGUUAAGAACCUCCGUUUCACCCCUGACCAGGUCUGGACACCUGACAUACUGCUUUACAACAGUGCUCAUGAUAAGUUUGAUGCCACCUUUAAGACCAAUGUGUUGGUAAACUCCAGCGGCUUCUGUGAGUAUCUGCCUCCAGGAAUAUUUGUCAGCACAUGUAACGUGGACGUGCGAUGGUUUCCGUUCGACAUCCAGCGCUGUGAACUGAAGUUUGGCUCCUGGACGUUUGAUGGCUGGCUGCUGGACAUCCAGAUGAAGGAGGCAGACGUGUCAGGAUACAUGCCCAAUGGAGAGUGGGACCUUCUGGAGGUCCCUGGAGGUCGUCACGAAGUUUUCUACGACUGCUGUGCAGAACCUUACCCUGAUGUUACGUUUGUGGUGACCUUACGAAGGAGGACCUUGUUUUACGCUCUAAACCUUCUCAUCCCCUGUGUUCUCCUCUCCUCCAUGACCCUGGUGGUCUUUCUGCUCCCCGCCAACUCGGGGGAGAAGAUCAGCCUUGGCAUCACGGUUCUGCUCUCGCUGACUGUCUUCAUGCUGAUGGUUGCAGAGAUUAUGCCCGCCACUUCAGAUUCUGUACCCCUGAUAGGGCAGUACUUUGCCAGCACCAUGGUGAUUGUCGGGAUGUCCGUAGUGGCCACAGUCAUUGUCCUCCAGUUCCAUCACCACAACCCCAACAGUGGACACAUGCCACGCUGGGUGCACUUGGUUCUGCUGCAGUGGGUUCCUUGGUUCCUGCGGAUGAAGCGUCCAGGAGAGGGAGCGGAGCCGCCUCUUUCCAACUGCCAAGACUCUCAGAGCAAGACCUUGUCCUCUCCCACUACCACCGCUACCACCACUACCAUCCCCACGCCAGUGCCCCCCAUCCUCCCCCCCAGCCUCAACUCCCUGCAGGCCAGUCUAGCUCAGCUCAACCACCCUCUGUCGCACCAACUGCCCCACCGGCGCAACUCUCAGGCUGUGAUCCUCCCUAAUCAUGUCCACAGAGAACCCAGCCCCAAUCCACAUCCACAGCCCAAUGGCCACUUGCUUUACAUGGGCUUCCAGACCUUCCAAACCACGGCAGAGCUGGAGCCGGUUCAGAGGAACAGAACCACAAGUCAUGGGAGGGUUAACAGUGGACUAGGUGGAGGGGAAGGAGAGGGAGUGGGAGCAGCAGGAGGACCAGCUGGAGACACACCUAUCCAUCACCACCUCCCGUCAUCCAAGUUUGGGAGCCCCCCACAGGAAAAUCAACUGUCCCCGGACCCUGACCCAUCAACCACAUCCUCUGGACCCUGUGGCCUAGAGGCUGGGGCCGGAGUGGGGAGAUCAGCCGCUGUACACACCCACAGCGGUGUGAUUCGAUCUGUGGCAGUGGACAACCAGCUGCAGGCUCUUCUGGUGGAGGUGCAGUUUUUGGUGGAGCGUGUUAAGGAGCAGGACCGGCAGCUCAGCUUGGCGGAGCAGUGGCAGUUUGCUGCAGCUGUCAUCGACCGCCUGUGCCUGGUGGGAUUCAGUGUUUUCAACAUCAUCUGUACCAUUGCUAUUCUCAUGGCUGCACCCAACUUUGGAGAGGCACUGUCAAAAGACUUCCUCUGACAGACUAAAAAGAAAGGGAUGUGACAGAGUGGAAGAUUUUAAGGCAUAAUGCAGAUGAUGAUUUGUUGGAAGCACAACUGCUGUUAAUGACACCAGGACAUGCAGCAACAGACAUUUCCUAUUUGGUACGCUGGAGAGGCACAUGUGGAGUGGACUAUGAUUUGGAAACAUUAUGGUGCGAUGUUACCAUUUUUCAUGAUAGAAUAUAUCUAACGAUGUGCACAUAUAGAGUUCAUACAUUCUUUUUGUAAACGUUUCUAUGGAAGUUUGAUUGAUGUGUUUGUUUCUCCCAAAAGGCAGCACUCCAGUCUUAAAAAAGCGAAAGAAUCGUCUCAUGCAUUGAUCAUUUUUGUGAAUUUUGUUUUCAGCUAAUGGACUGUCAACUGAAACCUUUAACAGAGCAUCAAAUGAUUCAUUGGAAUAUGGAUGGUUGUGGAUUUCUUCUUAAAGUUUGACAGUUAAAUAAGAAGGGAAGAGGUUCUGGAACAGUUUUGUGAAUGAGGAUCCUAAAGGAAAAUGAUCCCAGAAUUUAUGUGAGAUCUGGAAAGCAUGACUUUACUAAAUUUGUUAUAAAGUAUUUGUACUGCCGUCUUUGGAUGCUACAUGAAGAUGCUCAGUAGAAAAACUGGACACUGACGUGCUGCAUGUAAACCUGCAUUUCCUGACAAUACAGACUCAGAUUCUCUGCGUGCUCUUCUCUUAUAAGUCACUUCCCCCAAGUAUAAUUUAUACUGUGGCUCACACAUUUUGUUACCACUGAUCGGUUUCUUUGCAGGAUUUUAUUUUUUUUAGAAUUUCAAUUAAAUUUUG